AUGCCUACGAAGAAGAAAACACUGAUGUUUUUAUCCAGCUUCUUUACAAGCUUCGGGUCAUUCAUCGUAGUCUGCUCCAUGCUCGGGACUCAAGAAUGGGUCAGCAGUCAAAUUGCCAUCAGUGACUCGUCUUCAAACGGUAGUCUUGUUAUCACCUAUGGACUUUUUCAAGGCAAGAGUCACCAAGAAUUCAGUCAUGGACUUGAGGAAUCACAAAAAGGCUUUGCAGUUCUAGAGAAGUUGAACAAUUCUUCCCGAAGAACGCUCCACUUGGUGGUCGUCCUGCUGCUGGUGCUCAGCCUGUGCACGUCGCUGCUGAGUUCCGGGUUCACCUUCUACAACAGCAUCAGCAACCCCUACCAGACGUUCCUGGGGCCCGUGGGCGUGUACACCUGGAGUGGCCUUGCUGCGUUGUUCGUUUUCCUGACCAUGAUACUGUUCGUGGCCAACACACAAUCCAAUCGUCUCUCGGAAGAGCUGGCCCAGACGCUGUACCCACUGUAUCCAACAACCACCUACAGAGGAACGACCCACAGCUACGGUUACUCGUUUUGGCUCACGCUCCUCGUCAUUCUUCUAAGUGUUGUCACCGUGGUCAUCAUCGUUUUCUACCAGAAGGCCAGGCACCAGCGGAAACAGGAGCAGAGAAAGCCAAUGGAAUACGCUCCCAGAGAUGGAAUUUUAUUCUGAACUCUAUGUUAUGUUGUCUCAUCAUUAUGUCUAGUCUGUUGUACGUCAGCCCCCGAGAGGUUACUGGCUAGCUUGUCUGGACAAUCCGCAUGGUUAAGGGCAGCCCUGGUUGGCUGUCAUUUUGUGAUAG